UAUUGCUCCCUAGCGGUGGGCGUGGCCAAAAUGGCAGACUCGGAGAUGUCUCAGUUAGUGAGAAUAUUAACGGAUCUGAGAACAAGACAUGACUAAUCUAUUUAACGGUAAUAUCCCAAUUGAAACCGACUUUGUCGUUGGUGGUGUCUUUAUGAGGAAUGUCAACACCAUAUGAAUGGGAUCCACAGACAUGUCGGACACCAGUGAGUAAUCAUUUCACCAGUGAAUCUUACUUCAAUCAAAAUAUUACUUUGCAUUCUCUAAAUGCUUGCACUGUAAUAGACGUAGAUAUUCACUUCCAACUUAUUGUAAAGAAGUAAAGGAGUAAAGAAGAAAUAAGCCACGGUUAUAAAAGGAUUUGUUGCCCCAAGUCUUCAUGUAUAAUUGACGGAGAGAUUGUUCAUGAGAUAGUCAUCUGCAUUUCCUGUCUUAGUCAAGACAUGUCAACGACAGUGAUUAUUCAUCCAGAUUCAUCAUGGUGAAUUAACUGAAUGGUGUGUUUUUUAAAUCCAAACAAUGAAGAUUUUGAACGACAAAGCCUUGUGUCGCUAUGCCAGUUCUGGUGGCCCUUCCGAUAAGGAGGGUUAUUUGAUGAAGAAAGGUGAAGUCAACAAGGGAUUUCAAAGGCGAUGGUUUGUGCUGAAAGGAAAUUUACUCUUUUACUAUGAGAAAAAAGGGGACCGAGAACCCUUGGGUGUCAUUGUCUUAGAAGGCUGCACUAUUGAGCUUGCUGAAAAUUCAGACAAUUUUACAUUCCAAAUAAAUUUCCUAGGAUCGAGCAGUCGAACAUACAUUAUCAGCGGAGAGACCCAGGAAUUAAUGGAAUCGUGGAUGAAGGCAUUGUCGGCGGCAGGAUAUGAAUAUGUCAAACUCAUGGUGAGCGAACUUCAGCAAAAACUGAGAGAAGCAAACUCCGAGGAACAGAGGAAAGUGGUAGAGGAGGCAGAACGACAGAGUCGAAUAUUGUCCCAAACAUACAUUGAGAGACAGGGUUUGGAGGUCAAAGGGAACCGCCAGGCUGUGCUUUGUGGCGAUAAGAGAACAAAUCCGUUUAAUCAGAGGUUGAGUUCGGGCUCGGAGUGGGAGUCGUGUGAUUUGUUCAAUGUAAUGGAAUCAGGGGCGCCAGGGCCCUACAGCCCCCACACCAGCUGGGCACAGAAGCCUCCCAGGUCGUUUGUGGACAUGCACGAGGAGAUCUUGCAACAGGUGGAGAAACUGGGCGCAGAAUGGCGAAAACGGCGAGCAAACAUUUUGGAUGAGAAGAAAAUGAAUGGGCAGAUUGGAUCCCUCGGACCUCUCAGUUGACGACGGCAGUGAACGACUGAACAUUGUAAUGUAGGAAUAGAUGCUGUAGGGGCUGUAGAAGAGGAGGAUAUUUAACACAUCACAGUGUAGGUUUUAGUCAUGGCACUUUUCUUGAUGAGAUUUGUGAAUCGUAGUGUAUGUGCUUAAUUUUGAAGUUCUGUGUUUGAAAUUUAGGAUGAAAGUCAGUGGGUCCUUGUUAUUAAACUGAGGUGUAAAGAUGCAUACUUAAGUGUCAUUAGAUGAAGUUACUGCAGCCGGGAGCCUGACGGACCACUCUCUCAGCCUCCUUUCUAACUCUGACAUUGAUAUUGAUGAAAACAAACAUGUGGUGUUUAUGAUUGUAAAUGUUAAAUAUAAAGCAGUUGUACUUAGAUUUAUUAUGAUGGCAUGGAGCUUGCUGUAAGAAGGUCAUAGAAAAUUGCUCCAUUUAUAAAUUUGGAAGGAUUUUUCUAUAAUGUUUUGUCAUGUAUAUUUCAAUCAUUCCAUCAAACUUCAUUUAAAAAGUUUGUUAUUUUACACAAGAUUAUUGCCAUGUUUAAACUGACACACUUGAUACCAUCUAUACCAUUGUCAUACUUGUCAUACAGUCACACCUAAUAACUCCUCAGGCCCUAAUAAUAUUGAAAAGUUAAAUUAGAUCAUAAACAUGCUGACUUCGGCUUAUUGAACCUCGUCCAAAAAGCAACGUACUCUGAAAUGUCUUGUCUUUUUGUGUGUAAUUCCCCAAGACUACUGACACAAUCGUCUUUAAACCACACAAUAAAGUAAAACUCUGGCCCAACUGUGUGAUUAAAGUUUUCUCUUCCCAUACUCCCAUUGUAAAUUGAGUUCAGUCUAGGUGUAAAUCCCCCCACUCACUAACUCUCUACAAUGCUCUCCCUUAGACAUGGAGUAUUCUUCAUAAUUGGAUAUGUCCCCACGCUCUCUGUGAUAACUGUUGCCAUGUCCAGGAAGGUCUCUCUGUCAGGGGUCAAGGCUGACUUUCAGUUUAACUGCGUUUGAGUCUCAGGUAGAAUGUUGACAUGAUUGAGUGCGGGUGUACUAAUGUAUUGAUGCACUGCGAAUUUACACCGAGCAGUCCCAUACAUGAUGCACCUACCCAGGGUUCUAAAUGAAGCUUGAGAGUCCAAGAGUUCUUAGUCCCAAUGUUUAAACAUGAUUUAGGGGGUCUUUAGACUCAAAUACUACACCAACAAACCUCAAGGACCUCUUUAUUUACCCACUUUACCUACCCAUGUAUUGAUCUAUAUAUAUUUCCAAAUGUUGAGAUUUCUAGUGUGUAUAGUAACUUGUAUGUAAGUGAAAUGUUGAGCACUCAAAUAUACCGGUCACAUCACCAUAUUGAGCACUCGCUGUUGUCAUGCCUACCUCAUCAAUAGGAUCAUGAGGGUUAUUGUGUGAUGUUGGAAUGUUGCUGUCAUUGCAAAAUUUGGCCAGAUCAAUUUCCUUCUUUUUUUUGGUCAAUAAGUCAUAUGCAAGAUUUAAUAAUAUGAAUCAAAUCGUGGUAUUAUGUGAAAAGAGGCCACUUGUUUUAGUUCAUCUGAAAAGGGGAGAUAAUCACAUUUUGCAUUUUUGCAUUUUUUAUCAAAUCACAGAAUGUUUUGAUUUACUGUUUUUGAAUUAACAUAAAUGUAAAUUUGGUUUGGUCUAAAUGUAACUUGAAUGAAGCAAUAAAGAGCACUGACAUCAGCAUACCAUGUACAUACAAAUAUAUUGUAGACAACACUUGUGCUUUAGUGUUGACUUACGAUAGUCGUAGCACUAAGACUGUGACAACACCCGUGCUUUAUUGUUGACUUACGAUAGUCGUAGCACUAAGACUGUGACAACACCCGUGCUUUAUUGUUGACUUACGAUAGUCGUAGCACUAAGACUGUGACAACACCCAUGCUUUAGUGUUGACUUAAGAUAGUCGUAGACCAACAACAAACCCAGAUACAAUUAGCAGCAAUAUAUUAUUUCAAGGCCGCAGUAACAACUUUGUUUCAGGGAACCUUCCUGAUCUGGAAAAUACGUCCAACUGGAAAAGUUUUUCACAGCCUUAACUUACGUAAUGACUAGCAUGACUAUAGGGGGUAGGGGUGUCCGUGGAUCAGCCACUGCUAGACAUACAUAUUACAUCAGUUUUAGAUUGACAGGCAAAUCCCAGAUGGGUCACAGAGGCUGUAGCUAAGUAAACAAGGCUAUAAACAAUGAAGGACAAUCAUAUCAGUGUACAUAGACUGGUAUUGAUUCCGUUGUAUUGCACCUGGAGACAUGCACUAUGACUACAGGGGUCAUCUCAAAAGUUUUCUCAGCCUUUUUGGUGAUAAUCAAACUUUUUGGCUAAUGUCACAAAGUUUUUGAGCUUAGUGCUGGGAUAGAGUCAGGGGCUGGUUUCUUUUGAGAAUCAAAUUUACCCCUGUAAAGAUAUAUUAAGUUUGAAUAAAUGCAUAUUUCCAUUUGGCACCAUCCCUUAAGAUCUGUACUAAGCUGUAAAUGUAGUACACCUUAUGUGUCAUGUUUUUUCCUUGUCCAAGAAUACGUUCUCCACGGCGCCAUAAAGAACAAACUUUAUAAUGAUUAGUCAUGUCUUUUUUUAGUAUGUGUCUCUGCUUGCAUGAGAUGUGGCACUACAGUGUCACUAGUGGAUCAGGGAGUGGGGUAAACAGAUUUAUUGCUGCUUCCUGGAGGUCCCCAAUGAGUCAUGGGGGGGACAAAAACUCUGUGUACAAAACUGGGUGCUACAGGGUUAGAAACUAACAGUUUUUGUCCACUAGUCCUUUAUAUAAUGAUAACAUAUGGCAAAACCUUUAAAAUGGGCCAAUUUCUACUUGUCCUUAGGAUACCUUUACUAUUGGUCAGUUUGGUAAGGACUAUAGGACUAGUGCCAAUUUCUAACGCUGUUUUAACAAAUGAUGAUAUGUUUUAUGAGGUUCGUUUAGGAUGUGUUGGUGACCUGCAGAAAGGCAAUUUCAUUUUGAAGUACACAUACUUGGGCUGUGUGUUACUUGAGGUCUUUUGCUAUAAGUUAUUCGUUUAUUUGUUGUUUAACGCUGCACUCAGCACUGUUCCAGCUAUGUGACGACGGUCUGUAAAUCGUAUCUGGACCGGACAAUCUAGUGAUUGACAGCAUGAGCAUCAAUCCAC